AUGUUGAGAAGUAAUUUAUUCAGAAACACCUCGAGAAGGUUUUUGGCUACUGUUAAGCAACCUUCUAUCGGAAGAUUUACCGGCAAGCCAAACCCCUCUACAGGUAGAUACACUGUCUCAUUCAUCGAAGGUGACGGUAUCGGUCCUGAAAUUUCCAAAUCUGUGAAGAAAAUUUUCAACGCAGCAAAUGUUCCCAUAGAAUGGGAAUCCUGUGAUGUUAACCCCAUCUUCGUGAACGGAUUGACCACUAUCCCUGAUGCUGCCGUACAAUCCAUCACAAAUAACUUGAUCGCUUUGAAAGGUCCCCUAGCUACACCGAUUGGUAAGGGUCACCGAUCUUUGAACCUGACCUUAAGAAAAACAUUCGGCCUAUUUGCCAAUGUUCGUCCUGCCAAGUCUGUUGAAGGUUUCAAGACCACCUAUGAAAACGUCGAUUUAGUUCUUAUCAGGGAGAAUACCGAGGGUGAAUAUUCUGGUAUUGAACACAUAGUUUGCCCCGGCGUUGUUCAAUCCAUUAAAUUAAUCACAAGAGACGCUUCUGAGAGAGUCAUUAGAUAUGCCUUUGAAUACGCAAGAGCCAUUGGCAGACCAAGAGUGAUCGUGGUACAUAAAUCUACUAUCCAAAGAUUAGCUGAUGGUUUAUUUGUUAAUGUCGCCAAAGAAUUGUCUAAAGAAUACCCAGACAUUAUUUUGGAGACUGAGCUUAUUGAUAAUAGUGUGUUAAAGGUCGUGACAAAUCCAUCUGCUUAUACAAACGCUGUUUCUGUUUGUCCAAACCUAUACGGUGAUAUCUUGUCCGAUUUGAACUCUGGUCUGAGUGCCGGUUCACUAGGUUUAACUCCAUCUGCCAAUAUCGGUCAUAAGAUAUCUAUCUUUGAAGCUGUCCAUGGCUCUGCUCCUGAUAUUGCCGGCCAAGAUAAAGCAAAUCCAACCGCCCUGCUUUUGUCCUCAGUUAUGAUGUUAAACCAUAUGGGUCUAACCAAUCAUGCUGACCAAAUUCAAAAUGCAGUUUUGUCUACUAUAGCAUCUGGUCCAGAAAACAGAACUGGUGACUUAGCUGGUACUGCCACUACUUCCUCUUUCACCGAGGCAGUCAUCAAGAGAUUAUGA